AUGGAGCUACACAAGGAUCAUAGUUUGUUGUUUGAUAAAUUGUCCUGCAUCCUUAAACUGAGGUCUUCUAUAUGAACUCCGUUAAUUCCACAAACAAACACUGCGACUUUAUUAAGCGACUUCUGACGGGUGAGGUCACGUGACUGGAGUAAGUGGUUUCAAUUUAACUAUCAGCUGAGACAGGACUGCAAUAAGUUACCUGUUUAUGGGAGAAAGACAAUAGAAUGACGGACAGCGGUGAGGGCGAUUCCGUGGUUAGCCCGGGAGCCUCAAACCCGAGACCGUCUUCUUUCGCGUUGGGCAAAGGAGCCUUGACCGGACGCAUAUCGCUGAACUCGCCUCCUCCGGGCAGGCUCACCUCUCUGCGGUCCAGAGACCUCACACUGGGCGGCUUUAAAAAGAAAACCUUUGUGCCUAAUGUCAAUUCUGUCAGGAAAAGCAAAGAUGAAUUUAGGGAAGAGGCACGCACACCACCUAAAAAGGAGAGGCGAGAGGACAGACACAGAGAAUCAAGGAAGAGAAAAGAACGACCUCAGAUCAUACAGUCACACUCCAUUUUUGAACAAGGUCCUGCUGAUACUAUUAGGAAAAUAGGCAGCUGGGGCAGCACUGACCUGAGCGAUUGUGGGCCUUCACUCGUGACAAAAUGUGUGAAAAAGGAAAAGAAGGUCUCCCAGGAAGAUGAAAGCGAGAUUUUACAAAAGCUGCAUCGGGACGACUUUUUAGAUGACCCUGGCCUGAAGAACGAUGUACGGCAGAGACCUAUUCAGCUUCCACUGUAUCAAGCAAGCAGUUUCUUACUGGACUCCUCAGCCUCUCGCACAGAAGAGAUGGCUACAGAAAGUAUUAUGGGAUGUGUGGGGCCUCAGCAACCUGCAGUGGGCGAACUCUUUCAGCAGCUGAGCCUCUCUGAUCAGGAUGAACUGCUCUUCAUCCAGCUCCCCGACGCCAUCCCAGGCCAACCAGCUUCAACAAGCACUGAGACGUCAGCUAAAAAGGACAGCAAGUCAGAUGACAAGCAUCCCGGUAAAUUGAAAACGCAGGAGCCCGUGGGUAAAGAGAGCCCACCCGUUCUAGCAGAUUUCUCAGAAGGGCUGAUUGGCAAACUUCAGAUCCGUAAGUCUGGUAAAGUGCAGCUGGUGUUGGGAGACAACAAACUGGACGUGUCCGAGGGGGCAGCCUUCUCCUUCCUGCAGCAACUAGUGUCGGUGCGUCUCACCGAUGGCCUUACCGGUGACAUGAGCGUUCUCGGUAACGUCCAGCACAAGCUGGUAUGCUCUCCGGACUUCCAAACCCUUCUUCAGGGUGUCAAACGACCCCCCGGAUCCUGCUCAGGAAAGUCCUGAUAGUUUGCCGAAUAGCUAUUUUUAGCCUUUUUCAUGUAAAUAGAGUAUUCAAAGCACUUUUUUUUUUACUCAACUAUGUGCUUGGAUGUUUGUAAAAAGAUAAUGGCAUGUUCUUUUUUUAUUUAGAAAACGUAUGUUUAUUGAAUAAAGAUGUAGAAUACAAAAA